GAACGUGGAGGAAUCUUUUUGGUAAUUGCACGGUGGAAACCACCACUUCUGGACAAUAGAAAUAAGUUUCUUUGAUCAACUUCUAGUCUUUAAAUUUUGUUGGUCCAAUCAUUCGAAUGAUGUUUACAGCUCAACCAAGAUCCACUCCACUUAGUUCAGAAAUCCAACAUGUCUUCACCGUCCGCUCACCUGUGGAGAUCAUGACAACAAGGAGGAAAAUCAGUAGUCAGAUUAGUAGAUUUAAAGUUAAAGCUGUGAUUCAAAGUGGGAAUGAGGAGAAGAAGAAGACAGUGGAAAGUGGAAAGUUGGUGGAGAAAUCUGGAGAAGAGAGUAAUGGGUUUUCUGGAAAAGGGGUGAGAGAUGUGAAAGCAGUGAUCACUUUGAGGAAGAAGAUGAAGGAGAAAAUCAGUGAAAAGAUUGAAGAUCAGUGGGUAUCUUUAAUGAAUGGGAUUGGAAGGGGAAUCUUGAUUCAGCUCAUUAGUCAAGACAUUGAUCCUGUUACCAAGUCGGGAAAGUAUGCGGAGUCUUAUGUGAGGGGCUGGUUUUCCAAGCCUUCUGAUCAUCCAUAUAUAGUUGAAUAUGCUGCCAAUUUCACUGUACCACACGAUUUUGGAUGCCCUGGAGCAAUCAUUAUUACCAAUCUCCUUGACAAAGAGAUACACUUGGUGCAGAUUGUUGUUCAUGGCUUUAAUGAAGGCCCUUUAUUCUUUAGUGUUAAUACAUGGAUUCAUUCUCAGAAAGAUAGUCCAGAGAGUAGAAUUAUCUUCCAAAAUCAGGCAUAUCUCCCAUCUCAAACACCACCUGGCAUCAAGGAUCUUCGACGUGAAGACUUGUUGAGCAUUCGUGGCAAUGGGAAAGGCGAGAGGAAGCUACAUGAACGAGUCUAUGAUUAUGACGUUUACAAUGAUUUAGGCAAUCCUGAUAAAAGUGAGGAUCUUGCUAGACCUCUGAUAGGUGGCCAAGAGAGACCUUAUCCUAGGCGCUGUCGGACUGGUAGAGGUCCAACUAAGAAAGAUCCACUUGCAGAGCGUAGAAUAGAGAAACCUCAUCCAGUUUAUGUCCCUAGAGAUGAAACUUUUGAAGAAAUUAAGCAAAAUACUUUUUCUGCUGGAAGGUUGAAAGCUCUAUUACAUAACCUGGUACCACUAAUUGCGGCUACAUUGUCAAGCUCAGACAUUCCCUUUACAAACUUCACAGACAUAGAUAAGCUGUAUAACGAUGGGUUUGUCUUGAAUGAUGAUAAAGAUUUAAAGAAGAAUAAAUUUCUUUCUGAUACUUUGGAUAAAGUAUUUUCUGUCAGCAAAAGGUUGCUCAAGUACGAGAUUCCUGCUAUAAUCAAACGGGAUAGAUUUGCGUGGCUGCGAGAUAAUGAGUUCUCCCGACAAGCUUUAGCAGGGGUUAACCCUGUGAACAUUGAACUUUUGAGGGAAUUUCCAAUUGUUAGCAAGCUAGAUCCAGCUGUUUAUGGCCCCCCUGAUUCAGCUGUUACCAGGGAUCUUAUAGAACAGGAGCUUAAUGGACUGAGUGUUGAAAAGGUAAUGAUCCUUUUCCAAAGUAUUUAUUUUGGGAAAUCUAGCUUUGGUGUGUUUCUACACCUAAAAUUUCAUCUCAAAUUUUCUAUUCAGGCUAUUGAAGAAAAGAGAUUGUUUAUACUUGAUUAUCAUGACAUGCUUUUGCCAUUUAUUGGGAAGAUGAACUCCUUGCUAGGGAGAAAAGCUUAUGCAUCAAGAACACUUUUCUUUUACACAUCCAGAGGUGUUUUAAAGCCAAUUAUCAUUGAACUUUCACUGCCUCCUACACCUUCUUCACCUAGGAACAAGCGUAUAUUCUCCCACGGACAUGAUGCAACCAAUCACUGGAUCUGGAAUCUAGCCAAAGCACAUGUUUGUUCAAAUGAUGCCGGCAUCCAUCAGUUGGUGAACCAUUGGUUAAGGACUCAUGCUUGUAUGGAACCAUAUAUCAUUGCAACUCAUAGGCAUCUUAGCUCAAUGCACCCAAUUUACAAGCUACUUCACCCUCAUAUGCGCUACACACUGGAAAUCAAUGCGCUUGCAAGGCAGAGUUUGAUAAAUGGGGGUGGAGUUAUUGAAGCAUGUUUUAGCCCUGGAAAAUAUUCAAUGGAAAUAAGCUCUGCAGCUUACAAGAGUAUGUGGCAGUUUGAUAUGGAAGCGCUGCCUGCAGAUUUAAUAAGAAGGGGAAUGGCUGUAGAGGAUCCAUCGAUGCCUUUGGGGGUGAAACUUGUGAUUGAAGACUACCCUUAUGCAGCGGACGGCCUUCUCAUAUGGUCUGCCAUAAAAGAAUAUGUCGAGUCCUAUGUUGAGCACUACUACUCCGAGCCUAAUUCUGUCACGUCUGAUGUUGAGCUCCAGGGCUGGUGGAAUGAGAUCAAGAACAAGGGACACCCCGAUAAGAAAAAUGAGCCUUGGUGGCCAAAGCUUGUUACCAAAGAAGACUUGUCUGGCAUACUCACCACAAUGAUCUGGAUUGCCUCAGGCCAACAUGCAGCAAUUAACUUUGGGCAGUACCCUUUUGGAGGUUAUGUACCUAACCGUCCUACUCUUAUGCGAAAGCUCAUCCCACAUGAAGAUGAUCCCAGCUAUGAGAACUUUAUUCUUCACCCUGAGUACACUUUUCUGGCAUCUUUGCCUACUCAACUUCAAGCUACUAAAGUGAUGGCUGUUCAAGAUACCUUGUCGACUCAUUCAGCUGAUGAGGAAUACAUGUGUCAGUUGCACGAAAUUCAAAGAUUCUCUAUAUAUGAUCAUGAAGUUUUGAAGGUUUUUGAAAGAUUCAGUGCCAAAUUAAAGGAGAUAGAAAAUACCAUCAACCAAAGAAACAAGGAUAUCCGUCUUAAAAACCGAAGUGGUGCUGGUGUUCCUCCAUAUGAACUGCUGCUACCUACCUCUGGUCCUGGCGUUACCUGUCGUGGUAUUCCCAACAGCAUCUCAAUCUGACAUGCUCAUGUGCUCACUGUAUAAUUUAUGUCUUCAAUGGUUAUGAUUUGUCAUAGAUCAUCUGGAACUUGGCAGCAUGCAAUUUGUAGUUAUAUAUUCCUUUUUUAACACUAGUAGACUAGAAGAAUUAUUUUGCAGAUCUUGCAGCAUAAUAUAUUGAGGGCUUUAAACUGGAGAGAAGCAGUGUAAUUAGAAAAUAACAUUGAGCUGUCUUUCGAAGAAGA